GGUCUGAAUGCUUGCUUGUAUGCUUUUUUGUAUUUAUCUCUGCAUCUGACUGCGUAUUUCUGAAGGUUUAUGUGUGUCCCUCUGCUGGCGCAUUUCUUCCCAUGCCUGUCCCCUCUCCCCCCUUGCCAGGUAGCUUGUUUUUCCCUGGGUCUUUGGGAACACGGAGGAGGUCAGAGAACAACUUGCUUGCGUCUGUUCAUCUUUCAGCGUGUGAGUUCCAGGGAUUGUCAGGCUUGGCAUCAAGUGCCUUUACCCACUGAGUCCCUUAUUUAUUUUAGUUCAUGGUCUCACUACAUUGCCCAGAAGCACAGGUUUGCCCCUGGUGGACCACUAAGAGAGGGCCUUCACAGAUGCUCCGCCUCGUGGGAACCUGAGCUAAAGCUACGUUGGAGGCAGACAUCCUUGGCUGCUCCAGGUUAGGAAGAAGAGUGUGCUCUUUCUCCGCCUGGCUCCUGACUUCCCAUCAGCACUGAAGGAUCUGCUGUUGCCCCCACACUGCCUGACUUUGGAGCUAGAGAGUGAGAUCUUCAGAAGAGUCCUCCAGAGUCAGCAGAGGCUGUGUGAUACAGGCCUUCAUGAGCCGGUACCAGGCAGCCCUGCUGGGUCUAGGCCUGCUGCUUAUGCUUCUCCUGUAUGUGGGGCUGCCUGGCCCCUCUGAGAAGACUUCCCAGCUCUGGAGAGGCCCCAAUGUCACAGUCCUGGCUGGUCUCACCCGAGGCAACCCUCAAAUCUUUUACCGGGAGGCACUGCCUAUCCAGCAGGCACACAGGGCAGAAGUCGUGUUUCUCCAUGGAAAGGCAUUUAAUUCCCACACAUGGGAGCAGCUGGGCACGCUGCAGCUGUUGUCCAAGAGGGGCUACCGGGCUGUGGCCAUUGACCUUCCAGGUUUUGGGAGCUCAGCACCUUCAACGGAGGUGAACACAGAGGCAGGGCGAGCGGAGCUGCUGAAACAGGUACUGCAGGAUCUAGAGGUGCAGAAUGCUGUAUUGGUGAGCCCCUCUCUGAGCGGCAGCUAUGCCCUGCCCUUCUUGAUGCGAAGACACCACCAGCUACGUGGAUUUGUGCCCAUCGCGCCUACCUCCACACGGAAUUACACACGGGAUCAAUUCAGGGCUGUGAAGACCCCAACUCUUAUCCUGUACGGGGAACUGGACCACACCUUGGCGCGAGUAUCACUGCAGCAGCUCCACCACCUGCCCAACCACUCUGUGGUGAAGCUGCACAACGCGGGCCAUGCCUGCUACCUCCACAACCCUGAAGCCUUCCACCUCGCCCUUCUCGCAUUCCUUGACCAUUUGCCUUGAAUGGACUCACUUCCCAGAACUGACCUUGAAGGGUCUAGACCCUCUCUCUCCUCUCCCAGGGAGGCUGGCCCUGAGUGGGAUUGAGGACAGAGGAUCAAGCCCAGCCAGGACUUUUGAUUUAAUUUCACAGGCACAAUAAAGAAAAGCCCUUUUGUCUGGCUUGGAGAGU